ACGAUCAAAUUACAGAAGCAGAAAAAAUAAUAAAAGAAAAUUUGAGGAAAAGAGAGAGAUGCAUACACAAUAUACACUUUGGUAGCCAUUGAUGAAGCUCUAAUUCUCCGAAAUUAGCUAUGGAUUCUACUUUAUUUUUGGUGAGGGAGAAUGGAUGGUGGGAAUCGCUGUAUUUAUAGUUGCUCUGCUCCAACCUUUCUGCUGGGCCACGCGGGUUUCUUCUUCUUCCUCACCCCUACAGCUCCGGAAAAAGAAGCCCAAGCACUGACUUCCAUUUCUUGAAAAAAAUCAGCAAAAGCUUAAAAUUUUCCCUUUCUUUUCUUGUUAAAGAGCAAAAUUAGGACUUAGAAAUCUUUCCCCCUGCAGAAAAAUUUCAGAUCUGCUCUGUUUCUCCCCCUUUGUCUGUCCGCUGUUCUGCUGGGUGUGAAUCCUUUGGGAUUUUCGUUUUCAUGAUUUCUUCUUCGGUCUCCGUCGGCCUCCAUACCCGCCAGCUCUGGUUUUGGCUGCUGGAAAAAUUCUGAAAACGAAGUUAAGGACGAGGAAAAACGAGAGGAGUGACGAGUUAGGAAGCUAGCCAUCUUGUAAAUUGAACAUAGAUUUUAGAUAUAAAUCAUGAUCUUGUAAGUUAAACUUUAUUUGGAGAUUUUAUGAUAUCAAGGCAAAUUUUAAAAUUUUAUCUUUAGAUUUUGUGGUAUCAGAUUAUGGUAUGAUAAGUUUCGAGCUUUGUGCAUUUGUGAGACCCUCUCACAAGUGUACAACGUCUAUCACUUCCCCGGAUUUGGGUUUUGAGGCGUGACACUUUUACA